AUCUAUUAAUUUCUCUAGCUACUAUGGAUGGACCUAGACCUAAAGAAGUCUGAGUAGGUCUUGUAUGCAAGGUGGCUCUUCAUGAUCUUCAUUCUCUUCACAUAAGCUGUUACAAAGGUAGCAGCUGUACGAUUAAGUAAGUAGCUGAUUUCGUCAACAAAAUUCAUGCCCCCGUUCAUCUUCCGGUGUGUCGUUCCUAAGAGGAUGCGACGGCCGCAGUUCGUAGCAGCCAUGAUGUGGUUGCUCGUUCUUCACGACCUCUUUGGUCAGGUGUGGGGCGUAGCUGGAGGUCCUCUUAUGGUUUAUUACUUGCUUUCUGAAGAUAAUACAUUUAACUUGUUCAUACUCGUCUUGUUGUGUAAAACGGACUACUACCACAAAGAAGGCAUCAUCACAAGAUGUUUUAUUUGAUGCGUUUGCGCCUCUAUCCAUAUAAGUAAGGUUUGAGUUUGAAUUUGAAGGCACAUGUACAGUCUGUUUACCGUGCGCAGCACGUCGUGAGCACUCAAGUCAUAACUAUUUUUUGAUGCUCCUGAGUGACUUGGGGGCUCAUCUUUAAUAUCUUUAACUUGUUCAUACUCGUCUCUCUAAGAACUCCUCUGCCACCACAACAAAAGCAAAGGAUCCGUCCAAGUCCUCUGGAGAGGCUGACAUCGCAGACGACGACGACGACUGGGACGACGAUACUACACAAGACACGACAGCACACAGCACACACACGCCAGGCCCUGAAGAGGCGCUUAAACAUGAACAUCUCGACGGUCUUAAGGCUAUGCGUUGAAUGCAAAAUAAACUUAAGCAGAGGUAGUUGUACUUAGGUUCUUCUUCCUACCUAGGGCUCCUACUAAACGUGAACGAUAGCUUCAAGUACAACCAUCCAACGUCGUGUUGAAACAAAGUACUUCUGCUUUCUAGCGAAUAUACAGAAUAAUUUAUAAGGUUUGGUGGCGUCGUGCAUGGCAUGGAGUGCAUGGAUCACAUGGAGUAGCAUGGAGUAGCAAGGAUUUUGCUAGCACCCAUGCACUCCAUGCGUGAAAAUUUUGCAUGAAUAACUAAUGUGAUUUCCUCCAAUUUAAUGUCGUCGUCGUCCUCGAUGUCAUCGUCGUCAUUUGUGGAGCAGGGGCCGAGUUCGACAGUGCCACUCAGAACGAACAUGAACUAUUGGCUGGGUAAAGAAGGCUACGGUUCCGGUGGGAUUAAUGGCGGAAUGACAUCAGGUAGUACUUCUUAAUAUGAUGGAAGGUCGUAGUACUCGUCGUCCACGCCAAGUCUUUUUGGUUAAUAUGGGAAGGUCGUUCCUGCUCCUAGUAUUAAGUCGUCGUGAAUUUGAAUAUUAUUAAAGGUAGGCAGCUACAGGUGUUCUUGUUACUGGUUGUUUCGCCUCUGCUAAGGGAGACAGGCAUAGCGAACGGGAUAAACGAACACCAAAAGCGUACCUCUAAUAUUAAUAUUCCCACUUAAUAGAUCUGGCGCACUCAUAGUCUUCAUACCUAUAAAGAGUUGUGGUGCAUGAUUUUCAUAGAGUAGCUGUACUAGUAGAAGAUCCUGUGGGGUCGAGUCCCGUAGAUCACACAUGGGUCACGUGCCAGGACGUCGUAGUUGUACAAGUAGAAGAACGUGGUCGAGAGCUGUACACUAAAGAAGAUCCCUGCUAGUUCUGAUUUUCUUCAGCGAUUAUUUAGGGAUCAAGAUAUUAUCUCUCUGGGGAUGGGGAUCAAGAUAUCAUCAUGGGACGAGUCUUUCCUACUAGAAGUAGUUUUUAAGCCGCGGAACAAGCCAAGGUCUUCAAGGAGGUUACAAAAAUCUCUAUGCUCCUCAAACAGGACGAGUUUGGGACCCAAACAGUGGCUCAGGCCGUGGCGGUGGUCCUCGUGGUGGCGGUCUUGGCGGUGGUGGUUUCGGUACUGGAGCACCACGGAAUGAUCUUCGUAGUAGUGGUACAUCACAAUCACAGCCUCAACAAUCACAGCCUCAACAAUCACAGCAUCAACAAUCACAGCAUCAACAAGUACAACAAGGUCCUAGAAGUACAACUAGUCACAGUCAGGUGACCACAGGUCUUGCACAGUGGUACGAGAAUAACCCUCAUGACGAUAGUGACCUACUAGCCGAUGACGUGGCUAGGGAUCACCUGAGGUCGAUAAGGGAGCAACUCGGAUUCCUGGACGAGAAGAUCGCUACUGCGACGAAAAAGCUAAAAUUAAGAAGAUGCAAGCAUGACGGAACAUCCCAGUUAGGUCGCUGUCCCAGUUAGUUCUACUAGCCUAAUCCCGGGCAAAGCACUUCCUGUUCCACCAGUCGUGUGACAAUAAGCGUUCUUGGAGUUUACCAAUUAUAGUACCCCAUAAAUAAGGGAUGGCCUCUACUGCCUUGAGAGUUCUUGUCACUUCUUGCUUGGCCUCAACAGGGUAGACCUGCGACAACAGGGUAGACCUUCGACAGUGCAAAGACCAGACAAAAGUAUGCACUUUGCGGAAUGCCAAAGCCGCUUGCUUCUAAUGAACCGUAUCCAGGCUUUUUUCACUUAUGAGCAGAUACGUUAUAGUUGAUACAAGUUCGAUCAGACGCAUCGUCCUAUGAUCCUCGAUGAAGGCAUCUUAUGAUCUUUCAUCGUAGGAGGUGCUCAUCAAGUCACGCUUUUUUCCUCUUCCUCAUCAAGACUAAAGUACAUUGAUAAGAUAAGUGCCUACAACAAAUAUUAAGAUUUCCUCAUCUUCAAGACUAUGACUGAAGUAAUCGAAAACUGAAAAUAAGCGAGUUACAGACUGAAAUAAGACGGGGGGUAGCUUUUAAAGGCUACUCUGUGUUCUUCAGUAUCUCGGUUAUUCUCGGUUGUUACUUGCUUAUUUCAGUAUCAGUUUUUCGUAAUGAACAAUUGAAAUACCCAUGCAUAAGCAUAGAGAUAAGUACUUAGGCGCGAGAAGAAAAAUAAGGGCAAUUGAUAGCAGUUCUAACACUUUGCUUACGGUUUGACGGGUGAUGUGAGCAGAUGAACAUGUGAGCAGGUGACUUCGAGCUGGGCUUGGAGAACUUUCCUUGGCGAUCCCCGUGCGUCGAGCAAAGUCCACCCAAUGGCGAUCCCGCACCGAGCAUCAUCUCGCUUAAUUGAUUGCAAUUGCUUGGUUCGGCCGGUGCUGUUAGCGUCAUAGAGAUAGAUACCCUACAGCCAGCUUUACUCCUGGAGGUGCAUGAUGCUACUACAAAAUUCGAAAAAGAAGAUACGCCACUGCUGGCGUCGCGGCCAGUAAGUGCCCGUAUAUUCUAUUUCUAUAGACUAGUGUAGAUAGCCAUACUAGCCUAUGUUUCGGAAUAAUAUUUAUAAUAAGUAGUUGAUGCUCCUUCAUCAUGAGAGGCAGAAUAUUACAACGCGAGGUCAAAAAUAUUUGUUUGUAAACCAACCCAACGGAUUCAAACUUCUUGGGAGAAUGAACGUGAAGGUGAAGACUUAAUUAUUGUGGCGCUUAUCUGCCGCUUGACUCGUUAUUGGGAGGAUGAAGAGGUCAAUCACAAUUUUCAUUUUGUUGAGGGCAUUUGAAUCGAUAUUUUGUUGCGGACGCCAGCAUCUUAUUUCUGACGAAAGGGAACAUCACCCACUGGUGGCGCGUGAAGCAGAACUCCCACGGCCCUUGAGAUGACAGCCAGUGAGAGAGAGAGUCAUGAACAAUAUGCUGCUAGAGAGAAAGCAGUCCUGUCUUGAUUAUAAAGAAGAGGAAAAACAAGGCGGCAACAGCUCGAUGAAAGUCGAGACUUAGAAGUUGCAAAAAAAUGAAAGUCCAAAAGUACAGCUAGUAGAGCCCUCGCAAUUAGAAAAAGGCAUAGAGACGAAUCGAAAAUUAUAAUCAAGGAAGUUCUUGCGAAAUCCACUCUGAUCCAGUGAGUCAUUUAUGGUCCACUACCUACAGUAUAGAAAGAAGCUCCGUUAGCUCCUUGAAUGUCGAUCAAAUUCAUGACUGAAGAGUUAGAGCAAGAAAACCGAAAGAAGAGCUUUAGGAAGCUCUUUGAGUAUGUUUCUCCUUUUCUCUCUUCCGUAAUUAAGAAAGAGAACACCGGAAAAAGUUGAAGAGUAUUAAUCCGUGAUUUUUGAAUUUGU